AACUUCUUCCCACCACUGGAAAGGGGGCAGCUUGGCUUUCUGGUCAGAAACGUUAACAGUACAACGUGGUGGCAUGAGCAUCUUUCUGAAGAGAAUGUCGAGUUCCUCAAGAAGAUAACUGCGGAGGAAUACAAGGCUCAGACAGCCAGCAAGCUGUGCCCUCUGAAAGAUGAGCCAUGGCCACUGAAUGAAUGGAAACCAGAUUCCAUGAGAGUUGGUGUUGUUGCAGUGAAACUGGGAAUGAUGCCAAUAUGGACCAAGUCAGGAAAAAAACAUGCUGUCACACUACUUAAGGUGCAAGAUUGCCAUGUUUUAAAAUACAUUUCCAAGGAAGAGUCGGGUGGAAAAACAUCUAAGCUACUUGUUGGAGGCAAAAACACAUCCCCCUUUUAUAAAACAGAGUCUGCAAUGGAAAUUUUUAAAGCAGCUGGAGUGCCACGAAAGCAGAAAGUUACAACAUUUAAUGUGACAGAGGAUGCCCUAAUUAAACCAGGUACUCCUUUGUAUGCUGCUCAUUUCCGCCCAGGGCAGUACGUGGAUGUUACUGCAAAAACAAUUGGUAAAGGAUUUCAAGGUGUCAUGAAAAGGUGGGGAUUUAAAGGUCAGCCUGCGAGCCAUGGCCAGACGAAAACUCACAGACGCCCUGGAGCCAUAUCUACCAAUAAAGCUGCCAAAGUUUAUCGCGGAAAGAAAAUGCCUGGUAAAAUGGGUAACAUCUAUAGGACAUCAUUUGGGUUAAAGGUGUGGAGGAUCAACACAAAACAUGACAUUAUUUAUGUAAAUGGGUCUGUUCCAGGUCACACAAAUUGCCUGGUGAAGGUGAAAGAUAGCAGACUGCCAACUUACAAGGACUGCAAUAAAAACCCUCCAUUCCCUACAUUUUUUGCUGAUGGAGAUGAAAAACUACCAGAAGACUUGUAUGAUGAGGAGAUUUUCCAGUUCACGGAUCCAUCUGUCACGUACACAUAA